AUGCGGUAUGAAGACUGGGACAUCGUUCUCGUCCCAAGAGACUCCAAAGCCCCUCUGAAAGAAUUCAACGUAUGCUGUCAUGUGGUCCCAGAUCCUGAAUUCUCUCACGCUCAAGGGCGUUUUGGUCUCCCCACUCUCUGCUGCUUCGUUCCGAGUUUAGAAUUUGGGACCCCGUUCAAUAUCUCCAUUCAUAGUUGGGACCGACCACCUGUCAGCCAGUUCACUCGAUCCUACAGCAAGUAUAUUGAUAAGGUCAUCUUCGAAGCAAGAUUGUUCAUCGAUGGCCAGCUCGUGGCGUCAACUUCCUUUGGGCGCCUAGCUAAUUGGCCACAUGCCAUUUCCAAUAUCUUUAAUUUCUCCAAAAAUGGCGAUCUUGAGGCUCUUACAUUCCCGAAAUUCCAGCGGGAGUUUUUGCAGCAAAAUCGCUGGCACCCUGGAGAUAACAUAGGCAGGAUCAAGCUCGUACUGAGUGAAGGCUUUCCUCGCGACUCUCCUUCUAUGCCAAUAGAGCGCGUCAAGAACAUCGUUGCAUUCUCAUUCCUGCAUGCUCCUCUCGACAUACUUGAAAACUCCGGGAUUGCGUGGCCAAAUUCCUUGAUGUGGCGUCAAUCGCACUUCACUUCUUCAAUGCCCGUUCCAACAUAUGCAUCGGAAAACUUGGAAGUGCAUACCCAUUCACCUCGCCGUAACGCGCCUAGCAACUCCGAACAAUUAGCUUCCAACUUGGCAGUAAUUCGGAGUCUAAUGUCAGAAAACUGCCCCUCGAUCAGACAGACAACUAAUUUCGAUAACCGAAGCCCGAGCUCGGCUAUGUUCUACGGCGCUCAGGGAUACAUCAACAAUGAAUAUUCUCUCGAGUGGCCCAGCAUGACCGAGAGUGUCAUGGCGAACCCAGACUCACAGCCUCUUAAUGAUCAAGCCAGUCGUGCGCUACGUAAAUCAAAAACAGACACAAGCAUGACCGACUAUAUUCCUAUCACUGGAUCAGACUGUCAAUUCUCGUGCAGCUCGGAUCAAACUCAUAACUCACAGUCAGAAUUUCAGGAAGUAUCAGCUUCCAUAAACCAGAACAACAAUGCAACAUCUGGAGAAAUUAUUGGAUAUUGUGCAAAUGGUAACCUACAACAUUCUCUCACUUUAACAUGUUCUACUGUCUCACCGUUCAUCCCAGGUUCUAUGCCAUCAAUGGCUUCACAGGACAAAGCGAUCCCUCCAGGAUUGGCAGCCUCAUUCACUAACUCAUUGCUGAACCAACCAAUACCUCAUUCCCAGGGGCAGCCAAAUACAGGCAGUGCCCCGUCCAAUAUUGUUAAGUCGCGGAAAGAAGCUUGUCUCCAGAGACAACUGCAACCCUCUCCGACCUCCUCUAAGUCGAUCCCUAGCAAACUCCAGACUGAUAUUCGCAAAGUCUCUCAGCAGAUACAUAUGCCGGCAAAUGGUGAUAGCCCAUGCCUGAUUAACUCGUCGAAGCUUUGUCAAGAGGACCAAAAUCUCCGCCCGCAAAAUAUAUCAGGUGCAGAUCAAUAUUGUCCAGAAAGCGAGCUCCGAACAAUUAUCCCAGGCCUUGGAUCCAUUACUCUAAGAGAUAUAUCUGGAAACUCAGAGAAGGGUACCAAACGAGUUCGGUCCUAUACUCCAGCAUCUAUCAAAGCUAUUGAUAAGGAGGAUGAGGCACGUCGUUCAAGCUCACAUACCAAGUUGACACCUUUCGUCGAGGAGGGUACUGAGAGUUAG